GUCUUACCUUAUUCGGUGUAAGCCUUAAAUCUUUAUCGGUUUUAUUUUUGUUGAAAUUCGAUUUUCAUUCUUAAAUCUCUGCCCACUGUAUACCAGUUGAAAAUUUUUAUAAUUUUUUUUUUUGUUUUUCCGAAAAGUGAUAACAAUAACUGCUUUUUUCGACAUACCAAGUGAUGAGUGUGUGCUACAUUAGAAACAAGCAUUCAGUUUAGGGUUAUCAUCCAAGACGGUUGGAUGGUGUCGGAAUAACAAAACAUUUUUUUUAAUUGAAUUUAUUGUUCGUUUCAUUGUUUUUUUUUACUUCACUGAAUUGUGUGGUUUCAAUUUGUACGAAAGAAUGGAAAUUUGGUUGACAUUGUGAUGGGUUAAUAGUACCUAGGAUAUUUAUUUUCGGUCAACAGAAAAACAUUGCUUAGAGCCGGUUUUGUGUUUCAUUGACAGAUUAUUUACAAAACUUUGAUAGAACAUUAUACAUAUAUAUAUGCAAACUCACGUGCUCAUGUUGAAAGUGAAAUCUUGAAUGAAGUUAUCGUUUCAGCUGUUUAAAUUUUCGAUCAUUGUUUAACUACAGACUUCAAAGGUUGAUUAAAUUUUCAAUUUUUUGUUUGUCAUACCGUGUUUUGUUACAGACUCUGUAUUAACAUUUAGUUGAACGUUAUCAAUUGGACUCUAUAUACUCAUAAACUACGAAUUUUUAAAUAAGAGAAAAGAGAAUGGGAAAGAACAGCCUUUUAGAGAAAAUAAAAUUCGGUAACAAAGAUCUAUACAAAUCGGUAUAUUCUCUUGUUUCUGUUAGCGAGGUGACUGAAGGUGCGUUGGAAGUAUGGCGCGGUUUACCGGAAAUCAUCCGACAAGAUCCCAGUCUGGCGUCAUUUCGACAGGAACACGAAAGAUUGCAUGGAGAUCAAGAUCCGCUACCCAGCGAGGAUGCUGACGAAAAUUUCUCUCAGGAUGAAGAUCAAACAACCCGAAAUGCAACAAACAACCGCGAAUUGAUAUCAAUUAAUGUAAUUAAUGAUCUUGGCGAAACCAAACCAGUGGAGACUGAUAUUAAAGUAGCACAAAAUGGCUUGAAUGAAGCGGAAGAAAACGAUCACAUAGCCGGUCACAAAGAGCCAAACAAAUGGUAUCAUCGUAUUAAAAUUUGUGCUUUAUUGGCAGUGUGGCUUACAUUUACUAUCUUGUUAAUGUCUAACGGCGAGAAGGUAUUGCAGUAUCGUCAAAUGUCGGUUCCUGUUAAUGGAACUAAAAAUUACAUCCUUCCCGAAACGCCACUCAGUUCUCGCAUCGGUAUUUAUUUGAAAGGUGCAUUCCAUGUUGACCACGACCGAAAUGCCACUAAUUUCCUGCACGUGUACAUACAGCUACUAACACUCAACACACAUACAAAUGCCACCGAGAUACCGGCCAAUGAAAUCACGUACACCGAAAACCUAACAUCGAUCUACACCAUUGCCAUUGUGAGUGUGGACCAACUCGACCAAGUACCUGAAACUAAACGACAAAUCGUCUUCAAUGUGGGUGAUGCCGCAUUCGCUAAAGUGCACAACGAAAAGGCUGUGCUGCGUGUCCAGAUGUCAACCGAUUUGGAGGAUAAUCUACCAUUGGUCGUGGCAUAUGAUCCGUCGCCGAUUGAUAAAGAUGCCGGUGUCAUUUAUGCUGCAAUCGUUUUGCUGGGCUUGUAUGUGAUGAUUAUUUGGGAGGUUGUACACAGGACAUUUGCUGCUAUGGUUGCCAGUACAUUAGCGUUAGCCAUUUUGGCUGCAAUGAACGAAAAACCGUCAAUGGGUGAACUAAUGGGUUGGAUCGAUGUGGAGACUCUGCUGUUGCUGUUCGGCAUGAUGAUUUUAGUUGCUAUAUUGUCAGAGACCGGUAUCUUCGAUUUCCUUGCUGUUUAUGCAUAUAAGAUUACGGGUGGUCAAGUGUGGCCGCUGAUCAAUUGCCUUUGUAUAUUUACCGCUGUGUUGUCAUCAUUUUUGGACAAUGUUACAACCGUUCUGUUGAUGACACCAGUUAGCAUUAGGCUGUGCGAAGUGAUGGGUCUUAAUCCUGUUCCAAUAUUGAUGGCAAUGAUCAUCUAUUCGAAUGUUGGCGGGGCACUCACGCCAGUUGGUGAUCCCCCAAAUGUCAUCAUUGCAUCGAAUGCACAUAUCGUAAAAGGAGGAGUUAAUUUCCUUACAUUCACCGUACACAUGAGCAUAGGGAUAGCGAUGGUGAUGGUUCAAACGUUUUUCCACAUCAAAUACAAAUUCCGCAAUAUGAACGAUCUGCGUUUCACCGAGCCGAGCAACAUUCAGGAAUUGCGUCACGAAAUCAGUGUCUGGCAACGUGCUGCAGCAUCGUUGUCAUCCUAUUCAAAAGACGAGGACUUAGUGCGUGAAACUUUAUUGAAAAAAGUUAAUCGAUUGACUCGUCAGCUGAAAAAGCGAAUCGCUUCCGGUUCAGUACCGGCUGAGAGCUACAAAGCUACGUUGGAUGAACUUCAGGCGAAGUAUCCCAUCCGAAACGUAAAUUUACUCAUCAAGUCUGCUGUCACACUAGUCUUUGUGAUAACAUUCUUCUUCCUGCACUCAGUCCCAUCGAUUCAGCGACUGUCCCUGGGCUGGACCGCGCUGUUGGGUGCAAUUUUGCUGUUAAUCUUGGCUGAUCGCGAAGACAUGGAAGCCGUUCUGGCUCGCGUGGAAUGGUCAACUUUAUUGUUUUUCGCCGCCUUGUUUAUACUUAUGGAAUCACUGGCUGUGCUAGGUUUGAUCGAAUGGAUCGGAAGACAAACGGAAGGCAUCAUUUUGGCGUGCUCGGAAGAGUCUCGUCUCGCCGUAGCAAUUCUAAUUAUUUUAUGGGUAUCCGCGAUUGCAUCCGCUUUCGUCGAUAAUAUCCCGCUCACCACGAUGAUGGUGAAAAUUGCUAUCUCCCUCUCGGAAAACAAAGCAUUAGGAUUACCACUUCAACCGCUUGUGUGGGCGUUGGCAUUUGGUGCAUGUUUGGGAGGUAAUGGAACAUUGAUUGGAGCUUCAGCUAACGUUGUUUGUGCUGGUGUCGCAGAACAGCAUGGCUAUAGGUUUACGUUUGUCGAAUACUUCAAGGUUGGUUUUCCAAUCAUGAUUGGCAGCAUCCUUGUCGCAACUGUGUAUUUAAUGAUUGCACACGUAUUAUUUGCAUGGCACUGACAGUUUAGCCGCAUUCUAAGGGAGUGAACUUAGGGCGCAACUAAAUUUAAUUUGUAAAAAAAUUAGUUAAAAAAAUUCUAAAAGAAAAAUCAAAAUUGCAACAAAAAAAAAGUUCUAGAAUCAACACACAAUAAUUAGCAAUACAUUCCAUUAUUAGUUGUAUAAAUUUAUAGAAUUACG